AUGUAAAGCUAGAAAAAAGAAGCAAACUUUAUUAAUAUAUAAAAUAUUGAUCAAGAUUAUGAUGAUUUUCCUAACAGCGAGGAAAUUUCUAUUUAAUCUAAAGAAAAAAAUCAGGAAUUGCCAAGUAGAUAAAUUAACUAACCAUGUAUCAAUGCUAAUAACAAAAGAAUGAAUUUUUUGAAAGCAAAAGUUAUAGCUCCAGUUGACGAUGAUGUCUUUGACGAAUUUUAAUAUGAACAAGAUAAAGAUGCAAAAACUUAAGUAAGCGAAAAGGUUUUAAGAAAAAUUGAGAAUCUAAAAUUAGAAACAAUUUAGAAAAAUGAAGCAGCUUCAGGCAGUGUCAAUAAUUAGCUUGUUUAAGACAUAGAGUAUUAUAAUAAAAUAUAAGUAAGUUCUGCUAUUGAUUUGAUAGAAAAUGUAGGAAAAAAAGAAAUUAUUGCUGAUGACUUAAUUCAAGUUUAAGAUUCGGCAAACAAUCCAUCUAAAAAUUUCAGAAAUGCUUGGAUUGUUAAUACAGUGGAAAAGAAAUAUCAUAAUAAUAAUAAUAAUAAUUCAAAUACAAACAUUCCUUAAAAGGAAGAUUAAAAUGAAGAAGUUUUAUUCUAAGGAAACCUACUUAAAUACACAGGAGGUAUUAUUAAUAAAUGGAAAUAGGUCAGGUGCGUGCUUAAAAAAGAUUAUUUUUAAGUUUAGAUUGAGAAAGAAACAAGUGAAGAUAAAUAGAUAAACAAAUACUUAAUAAUCGAUUCCUUAAAUUUUAAGAUUUUCUAAAUCACUGUAGAAAUAGUUUUGGAAGAUAAUAUUCAUGAAUUAGUUUUAAAGUUAUUGCACAGUAAUUAUGUGUUGAGACUAAGAGAUACUUCUAGCUCUUAUUAAAUUCUCUAACAAUGGAAACAAAAAAUAGAAAACUCUAUCAAACAAGCUGAGGGUUUUUAGAAAUACAAGCUAGAGGAAGAUAAGAUGCCUUUGAUCACAUAAAAUGAAGUUAUGAUGGAAAGUGAAUUUAUAGAAAAAGCUAAAUCUGGAGAUAUUAUUUUAUUCAACACAGAAAGUAUUCCAGCUGCUAUGCAAAGAAAGACCACAUUUAGCAAAUACGACCAUGUUGGUAUUGUCGUUAAAUUAAGAGAUAAUUUUGUAAGGAUAUUUGAUGCCACUGGCUAUGGAGUAGAGUUGACUGAAUGGAACAAAUUUGUUUAUGAAAAUGGCUAAUACAAUUCUAUGACUUAUCGCCAGCUUAAUUACAGUAAAAGAGAAAAAGUUUUACCUGCUUUGUAUAAUUUUAUUCUACAAGCAAAUGGGAAAAAGUAUAGCAUGAAUUUGUUGAAAUUUGCAAAAAUGAAUUCAAUUGUUGAAGACAAUUCUUCUAAAAAUAAAGAUUCUACCUAUUUUUGCUCUGAGUUAGUAGCCAAAUGCUUAAAGGAAAUGGGACUACUUAACUAGAUAACAUCUUCUACUUAGUAUUGGCCUCGUAGCUUUUCAUCUGAAUAUGAAGAUAAAGAAUUGGUGCUCUAUGACAAUGCUUUCCUAGAGUAAGAGAAAACCAUACUUUUAGAUGCAGAUUUGUAUAAAAUCAAAUCUAAUAAAAACUGA